UUGCAGGUUUUAAUUGUUUCUGGGAAGAAAAAAAAAUCGCUUUUGUUUUCCUUUCCAAAGAAGAUCGCUUUCCGAAUGCAGACGACUUGAUCGGACGACCCUCCUCCUCCACUCGCCAGGGUUUGCCUGUGUUGGUUUUGUCCUGCAGGAGAAAAGGCAGGCUUUGUGUUUUGGUGGAUCUAGAGCUGGAGAAGGAGGCAGUGCCAGGCGCUGCUGCUGCUGCUGCUGUUGCUGUUGCUGCUGUGGGCUGAACCGGCCACGGUGCGAGAGAUUCACUGACGGAGACAGAGAGAGAAAGAGAGGCAGAUAAAAAGGACUCAUGGAAGACAGCAAGCGAGCAUGAUAUCCAGCAGGGACGGAGGAUGGGAAGGUGUCAGACUGCACUUAAACAGAGUGUUGGGUCAGUGAGGACAACCAUGUGGAGACCUGGUAGAGCUCUGUUAGAAGACACUUCAAGUGAUCUGCUUGUUUAUUUCACCUAAACUUGGGCUGAAAUUGAUGCUUAUCGGAUACUUUCCAGUUUGGUAACCACCAGCAGGAUUUGGAUUUCUGUGCUUGUGGAUAUAUGCGUUUAUCCCUUUGGAAUCAUAUGUGCAUAUUGCAUGUCAAACACAGUCGCAUAGCAUCACCAGAUAUUUGGAUUUGGAUAAUCGCACUUCUUUCACUGGAGUACAGUUAUUGAGCUUUCUCUUACAGGUAUUUUUUGGGAAUUGUAGGAGUUAAAGCACUCUCAAACCUGCAACCAACACUAAGCAAGGACUGAGAGCCUCCCAGCAGGAAGUGUUUGGUUGAGUUUGUCAUCCGGUGAAAUGGAUGGUCCACGUCGCAGCGGGAUCCGGAAAAAGCGGAAGUCUCGGUCUGUGCGAGACCGGGAACGCAUAUCUAAUGGGAUGAGGAAUAACCAUGUCCGUGGCUCCGUGCAUCGAUUCUCCUCAGAUUCUGAGAGGGAAAACAGUAUCAACCCAUCUUCCUCUCGUCCCAGGCCACCGAGGAGGAAGAGGAAGGUGUCUAUGUCAGCCGAGGAGGACAUCAUUGAUGGAUUCUCAAUAUCAGGAUUUAUAACAUUGGAAGCUCUUGAGAAGGACAUGACUCUGAAGCCCCAUGAACGGAGACAGAACCAGGCAGGACCGCUGCGCAAGAAGAAGCCCAGUAGAGGUCUGAAUGGUCUGAACUGCGACCUGCACAAGGACCGGCUCAACCACAACAACCACCAGCACCAUCACUCUGACCAGGAGAACAACCCUCGUCUGGCCCACACACACGGCAAGAAGAAGAAAAAAUUGCAGAAGAAACACAGACCGCUGAAGCCGGGCCAGAACAACUGCAAAGACAGUGAUAGUGAGAGCGUCAGUGGAGAGUCCAAACCCUCCAUCCGUAGCAGCUCCAGAGACAGAUUGACCGACUGUGACAGUGAGAGUGACCAAGAAGACAAGGGCUCAGAUGCCAGCUCAGAGAAACUCUUCAGCACAGCUGCAAUUAAAGUUCCAGAUUUUAGCGUUGAUGCACUCUCCACCAAUGCCAGCCAGGAGCUGCGAGGCCUGGGCAUUCCCAAAGUGUCAGGCCUAGAGCGCAGCCAAGAGAAGAGCCAGGAGACUUCCAGUGAACUCCCCUCGGCCACCCCAUCACUGGUGCCCACCUCCCAUCCCAAACCUCCCCUCCCCUCCCCUCUUCACCUACAGCCACCCCCCACCAAACGGGCAUUACCCUUGCCCCCGAGCCCAGCCCAAACCCAGCACCCUUGCCCAGAGCGCCCACUUAGACCGCCGACGCCCUCCACCACUCUGCCUCUCAACCAGGGCCACGAGCCCUUUCAGGCAGCCCCACCCCAGCCUCUGCAACCACCUGAGCUGCCUUCGCACCCUAGGCCACCCCCAACUACGGGCAUCUAUCACCACCCCCCAUCACCAGCACUACCAACCCAGCAGAACCCCACCCAACCUGCACAGCAUAGGCCACCUUCGUGGUGCCACCAACGCCCGGUUCCAGCCUACAACAGCAGCAUUAGCCUCAACAGACUGAGCAGUAGUCGAAGCAGCACUCCAGGGAAGCCACCGGGCCCCUCUCCAGCCCCUCAUCUGCACCAUCACCAACCCUCCUUCCCCCUGCCCUUGCCGACGACCCCCACGGCCUCUCACACCUUCCCCCCCUCCCUGCCGUCCUCCACUCUUCCUCAUCACACCAAUAUGUUUGCGUCGCCCGCUGCUCUGCCUCCACCUCCUCCUCUCACCUCAAACACUCUGCCGGUCCCCGGACACCCAGCUGGGAGUGCCUACUCAGAACAAGACCUUCUCCGGCAGGAAUUAAACACUCGUUUCCUUGCAUCUCAGAGUGCGGAUCGUGGGGCAUCACUGGGUCCCCCUCCAUACUUGCGGACUGAGUUCCACCAGCACCAACACCAGCAUCAACAUCAGCACCAGCACACACACCAACACACACACCAGCACACCUUCACCCCUUUCCCCCACGCCAUCAUGCCCACGCCUGCACCUCCCAUGGUGCGUACCCCAUCCAGAAAUUUUGACAAAUACCCUACUAAAGUUGACCCAUUCUACAGACACAGCCUGUUCCACUCAUACCCCCCAGCUGUGUCUGGCAUUCCGCCCGUCAUCCCGCCGACAGGGCCCUUCGGAUCUCUGCAGGGAGCGUUCCAGCCCAAGACCUCAAACCCUCUAGACGUGGCAGCCAGGCCUGGAGCUGUCCCACACACACUCCUUCAGAAAGACCCACGGCUGACGGAUCCGUUCCGGCCAGUUCUCAGGAAACCAGGAAAGUGGUGUGCUAUGCAUGUCCAUAUCGCCUGGCAAAUAUACCACCACCAACAGAAAGUAAAGCAGCAGAUGCAGGUUGACCCACACAAGCUGGACUUCGGCCUCAAACCAGAGUUCCUAUGUCGACCCCCUGGUCCAACUCUGUUUGGAGCUAUCCAUCACCCUCAUGACUUGGCACGACCUGCAACGCUUUUCACAGCAGCAGGGUCCACGCACCCCUCAGCUGCACCUUUCGGACACCCUCCACAUCACCCUAGCAACUUUCUUACCCCAGCACCUCACUUGGAACCCUUCAGCAGACCGCCUUCAUUUGGAGGUCUAGCCUCAUUAAGCACUGCAGCCUUUGGUGGGCUGGGAAACCCAGCACUCACACCCAACUCUGUAUUUGGCCAUAAAGACGCAUCCAGCGCACAGCAGCACUUCAGCGGGCCCCACGAGCCAUGGAACAGACUCCACCGCACUCCUCCUUCUUUCCCGACCCCACCUCCCUGGCUCAAACCUGGGGACUCUGAACGCAGCACGUCAGUCAGCUCCCAUGAGAGGGACAGAGACAGAGAGAGGGACAGGGAGAGAGAACGUGACAUGGACAAAAGGGACUCCUCAGUCAACAAGGACGAUAAGGAGCGGGAGCCCACAGAGAAGAGACACCAGAAUCACCCAUCACCAAUUCCUGUUAACCCCCUCAGUCUGUUGGGCCACACCCGGCCGUCUGAACCUUCCCGGAACCACGUCCCCUCCAGUGAGCCUCGGGACAAGGACAAGCCCAAAGAUCGGGAGCGAGAACGCGAGCACUCGGACUGGAAAGACUCCAACACAGAUGAACACAAAGAAAAAGAGAAUCACCACAGUGACAAAGACACUCCUGUCAUCCAUGAUGGUCGGAUUCAAGAAGACAAGCCAGCCAGUCGGGUUACAGCAUCACCCUACAUACGGCCAGCUGGCCUAGAGCGGGUGAAUGGUGGCCUGAGUCGAGAGAUUGUGGAGAAGAAGGGCGAGAUUACAUAUGAAAAGAAAAACAGUGAGGUGAAAGUGAAAGAGGAGAGAAAAGAGGAGCAGGACGGUCCCAGAGAGAGAUCCCCAGAGCAAAGAUCAACACCUCAGGCACCUCCUGCCCCUGCUCUUCACCCGCCCUCCUCAAUGCCAGUACCAAUGGGAAUGGCCAGCAUGCAUCCCAUAAACAGUAUCAGUAGCCUGGAGAGGACUCGUAUGGUGGCACCCUUCAUGGGCAUUAGCCCCAUCCCAGGCGCAGAGAGGUUCCCUUAUCCUGCCUUUCACUGGGAUCCAAUGAGGGACCCUUACAGGGGACUAGACAUCCACCGGAGAGAUCCGUUAGCUCGGGAUCUGCUCCUAAGGAAUGAUCCUCUACACCGGUUAGCAGCACCACGGCUUUAUGAAGCAGAGCGCUCGUACCGGGACCGUGAGCCUCAUGACUUUAACCGAGACCACCCUCACGGACUGACUUUGGAACAGCGGCGGGAACAAGAGAGGGCACACCUAGAAGAGAGAGAGCGGCUACACUUGCUCAGAGAGGACUAUGAGCAGGGGCGUCUACACCCAAUGCAUCACCCUGCUUUGGACGGACACCUCCCUCACCCUGGUCUCAUGGCCCCAGGACUACCUAACAUGCACUACCCUCGCGUUAGCCCCUCCUCCGCAAUGGCUGCUGCCGCCCAGAAUGGAAUCCUAAACAAAAACCCUCCCACUGCAUCACUCAGUGCCCCACCCCCUCUUAUACCAAGCCUCGGAGCACGAUCCACUUCUCCCAGACGGACUACCCCACUCAGCACUAAUAUUAGAGACAGACCCCCUUCACAUACACACAAAGACAUCGAGGCACGGUGAGGCUGAACACAUACACACACGUGUGUGCCCCUAAUUUGUGUCUGACAGACUUCAUCCUUUAAGUGGAACUCAAAACAAGCACUUGAUACUGGACUUAGACUGUAUCAUAUCUGUGAAUAGAUUGAUGAGUUUUUGUGUUGAUGUUUUGUUUUUUGUACAAACACAUGAAAUACUGAGAGUUUUCAUGAUCUUUUAUCCCAUUUGCUCUGGCUUAGGUGUGUAUUCUUAAACAUGUACAGUACACUGAUCUCGAGCAAGUGGACAAACUUUAGAUCUCUAACCUUGGAAACCCCAAAAAAGAUGAUUUUGGAAUGUACAGGUACCUCAAUACAUUGCAAAAAGGCAAAACUUGUAGAUAUGUGCAUAGUCUGUGUUUCUUUCCAUAAUGAAAAAAAAAAAAUCAAGGUACAAAUAUGCAAAUGGGUGUUAUGAUAGCUUUACUUUUGAAUGGCUGUACAUAGUGGGCAGUGAUCAAACAGAGAGUGCACAUUCUCACAGACUCGUUUUAAGUUUUAAGGUUUUUAAGGAUGCUAUUGUCCAAGAGGCCACAUCUCUUCUUUCAACUAUGCAACUCAUGCGUGGGCUCUCUCUCUCUCUUCACUCUUUUUCUCUCUCUACCAUUUUCUACUAAACCCUCUCAUUCUCCUGACCCACUCUCUGUACACUCUUGAUGACUGAAGCAACAGUACAUACACAUGAAUCAGACUGUUCCUAGACAGGGCUUGUCAAUGACAAGUAUUACUCAAACUGAGGCUCAAUCUGACAAACAGAUUGCAGCACUUCACUAAUAUGAUAUUCCCUAAAUCUGGAUCUAGAAACUUUUUUUUUUUUGUCAAGAUAUAAAAGUGUUUGCGGACAAUCCUUACAAAUAUAACAAGGUUUCCAGAACCUAACUAUACAAGUAUCAAAGAUAGAAUGGAUAUUGCUUCCCUAAAUUAAAUAAUAUUACAUUAAAAGUCAGGUAAUUUCAAUGAAAGACGUGUAAACAUGACUAGACCUGACAUCUUAUCACAAGACAGUGUGAAACCUGAAUGAAGUAAAACAAUUUACUAUUGGUCUGUGUGUUAAAGUGUGAUGUAUCUACAAAAUUAAGCUAUGGGCAGUUUGUUUUUAAUGAGCAGAGAUAUAUUUUAGUAGUCCAUGGGAGGGUUAGUUGUGCGCUUUUGAACUGUGAAAUUCAGAUGUUGUGCAGUGCUUUUUCUUUAAUUUCUCUUUUAAUUUUUUAUUUUUUUUUUUUCUUAAAAUCAAACAUUAAAAUGUCCACUGAAGCAGUAGUGGGUAGUCAAUACGUAUUGCAAAGAGAUUGUAAAGAACUUUUUUGCUGUUUAUCAUGUACGUAAAAAAAUUAAGUCCUUUCUAGAUGAUGUACAAAAAAGGGUGAGGCGACUCAGCAUGCUCCUCGGUUAAACUUGUGUUAUGUAAAUUGUGCUAUGUUAUUAAAAAAUGUGAACUAA